GAUUUGAUUCUCUCUUUUUUGCUCGAAUUGAUUACCAAGAUAGAGCAAAGCGACUGAACGAAAAGAGUCUUGAGAUUGUUUGGCAGGGUUCCAAGUCCCUAGGUUCAUCUUCACAGAUAUUCACUGGGAUAUUCCCCAGGCAUUAUGACCCUCCUGAUGGUUUCACAUUUGAGAUAAACGAUGUUUCCCCUCCAAUUCAGGAUGACAUUCUCCUGUUCGACUACAAUGUUCAAGAGCGAGUCAAUGAAUUUGUAGCCGCUGCUUUAGCACAGGCUAAUGUAACCAGGACAAAUCAUAUCAUGUGGACCAUGGGGACUGAUUUUCGCUAUCAAUAUGCGAAUUCAUGGUUCAGGCAGAUGGACAAAUUCAUUCAUUAUGUCAAUGAGGAUGGGCGUGUCAAUGCAUUGUAUUCAACCCCAUCCAUCUACACUGAUGUAAAAUAUGCAGCAAAUGAAAAAUGGCCUCGCAAGACUGAAGAUUUCUUCCCGUAUGCAGAUCAUCCAAAUGCCUAUUGGACUGGUUACUUUACAAGUAGGCCAGCCUUUAAAGGUUAUGUCAGGAUGAUGAGUGGUUACUAUCUGGCAGCAAGGCAAUUGGAGUUCUUCAAAGGCAGGAGUAAUUCCGGGCCUAAUACUGAUGCACUAGCUGAUGCUUUGGCACUUGCUCAACAUCAUGAUGCAGUUAGUGGUACAGAAAGACAGCAUGUUGCUGCUGAUUAUGCAAAACGAUUGUAUAUGGGCUACGCGGAGGCUGAGAAGUUGGUUUCCUCUUCACUUGCUUUCUUGGCUGACUCGAUAUCAAGUGCUAGACAGGGGAAUCCGGCCACAAAUAUUCAGCAGUGUCCUCUUCUUAAUAUAAGUUACUGUCCCCCAUCAGAAGCAGUAUUGUCAGAUGGGAAAAGCUUGGUUGUUGUUGUUUAUAAUUCCUUAGGAUGGAGGAGGGAGGAAGUGAUACGAAUUCCUGUUUCUUCUGAGAAGGUUUUUGUUCAGGAUUCUGAAGGGAGGGAAAUUGAAUCUCAACUUCUACCUUUAUCAAAUGCUACUUUGAGCAUAAGAAAUUACUAUGUCAAAGCAUAUAUAGGUAAAUCCCCCAAUGGAGCACUGAAGUAUUGGCUUGCCUUUUCAGCAUCUGUACCACCUCUUGGUUUCAGCACUUACGUUGUCUCAAUUGCAAAACAGACAGGUCCUAGUUCCACCAUCUCAAUGGUAUACAAACCAGAUGGAAGCACAAAUGAUACCAUAGAAGUUGGGCAAGGCAGUUUGAAGCUAUUUUAUUCUGCAGAUGAAGGAAAACUUACAAAUUAUGUUAAUAGCAGAAAUAUGGUCACAGCUUUUGCUGAGCAAUCAUACAGUUAUUAUUCUGGAAAUGAUGGCACUGAUAAAGAUCCUCAGGCUUCUGGGGCAUAUGUCUUUCGUCCAAAUGUUACAUUUCCGAUUAAAUCUGAGCACCAGGUUCCUUUAACUGUUAUUCGGGGUCCUGUACUAGAUGAAGUACACCAACAACUCAACUCAUGGAUAUCUCAGAUUACCAGAGUAUUCAAGGGAAAGGAGCAUGCUGAAGUUGAGUUUAGUAUUGGUCCUAUACCUGUGGAUGAUGGCAUUGGGAAAGAAAUCACAACUCAAAUUAGAACAGCAAUGAAGACCAAUAAGACAUUCUACACUGAUUCUAAUGGACGGGAUUUCAUCAAACGUGUUCGAGAUUUCAGGACAGACUGGGACCUGCAAGUGCAACAACCAGUUGCUGGAAAUUAUUACCCAAUCAAUCUUGGAAUUUAUGUGCAAGAUAGCAACACGGAACUGUCGGUGUUAGUGGACCGCUCAGUGGGAGGAACCAGCUUAGUGGAUGGUCAAAUAGAGCUGAUGCUCCAUAGGAGGCUGCUUCAUGAUGAUUCAAGAGGUGUUGGUGAGGCAUUAAAUGAAACAGUUUGUGUCCUAGAUAAAUGUGAAGGUUUAACUAUUCAAGGGAAAUUUUACCUCAGAAUUGAUCAAGUAGGAGAAGGUGCCAAGUGGCGUCGCACAGUUGGCCAGGAGAUAUAUUCUCCACUUCUCUUGGCCUUCACAGAGCAGGAUGGAAAUAAUUGGAUAAGUUCCCAAGUACCUACUUUCUCAGCGAUUGAUCCUUCCUAUGCUUUACCAAACAACAUUGCUGUGAUUACCCUCCAGGAACUUGAAAAUGGAAAAGUACUUCUUCGAUUGGCUCACUUGUAUGAGAUUGGAGAGGACAAGGACUAUUCAGUCAUGGCAAGCGUGGAGUUGAAGAAGCUGUUUCCAAACAAGAAGAUCAGUAAAGUGACAGAGAUGAGUUUGUCUGCCAAUCAAGAACGGGCUGAGAUGGAGCAGAAAAAGUUGGCCUGGAAAGUAGAAGGCCCUGCUGAAGAACCGAAGGUGGUGAGAGGAGGACCUGUUGAUCCUGUAAAGCUAGUGGUAGAACUUGCCCCAAUGGAAAUCCGCUCUUUCUUUAUUAACUUUGAUUACCUCCAAAUGUUUGUUUCCUGAAAGAGAAGCUUGGGCCUAUGUUACAAUACAUUAGGCUGGCCCACGUGCAGCCCCCUACUCUGUACUAAAUAAUAAAUCUAUAAAGGUGUUGAACCUUGGAUAAGAGGGAUGGAAAAUUUUCAAUGAAUCAACAUAUUCUGCUUUA